GAGCGCAUGCGCGCCUGCGACUCAGCGCCAACAUGUCGGCGCAGGGGGACUGCGAGUUCCUGGUGAAGCGGGCCCGCGAGCUGGUGCCGGGGGACCUAUGGGCGGCCAAAGCCUGGCUUAUCACGGCGCGCAGCCUCUACCCCGCCGACUUCAACAUCCAGUAUGAGAUGUACACCAUCGAGAGGAAUGCUGAACGGACAGCAUCGGCGGGUAGACUGCUCUAUGACAUGUUUGUGAAUUUUCCCGACCAACCUGCAGUGUGGCGAGAGAUCAGCGUCAUUACGUCGGCUUUAAGGAAUGACUCCCAGGACAAGCAGACCCAGUUUUUAAGAGGAUUAUUUGAGACGCUUCCUGGUCGAGUCCAGUGCGAAAUGUUACUGAAGGCCACAGAACAGUGUUUUAACACGCUAGAAAGGGCAGAAAUGCUCCUGCUUCUUCUGCGGCGCUUUCCAGAGACUGUGGUACAACACGGGGUAGGCCUUGGAGAAACCUUAUUAGAAGCUGAAAGUAUUGAAGACCAAGAAUCCCCAGUGAAUUGUUUUAGAAAAUUAUUUGUUUGUGAUGUUCUUCCUCUGAUAAUCAACAACCCUGACGUUCGGCUUCCUGCCAGCUUGCUAUAUAAAUACCUGAAUAAAGCAGCAGAAUUUUAUAUUAACUAUGUAACUCGAUCUACGCAGACUGAAAACCAGUAUCAAGGUUCACAAGAUUCCACCGAUAUUAUGUCUCCAAGCAAACGUAGCUCUCAGAAAUAUGUAAUAGAUGGUCUCACAGAGAAAUCAUCCCAGAUUACAGAUCCUUGGGAGAGGCUAUUUAAAAUAUUGUCUGUGGUGGGAAUGAGAUGUGAAUGGCAAAUGGAUAAAGGCAGAAGAAGUUUUGGUGAUAUUUUGCAUAGAAUGAAAGACCUCUGCAGAUACAUCAGUAACUUUGAUAGUGAUGCACAUGCUAAAUACAAGAAUCAAGUAGUGUAUUCCACGAUGCUGGUCUUCUUUAAAAAUGCAUUCCAGUAUGUCAGCAACAUCCAGCCGUCUCUCUUCCAGGGUUAG